ACGUUAUACUGGUAAAUUACAAAAUGGUGACACAUAGUAUCUUGUAGUAACAUCGUUGUGUGCUUUUUUUAUCUUUAGAAUGCACUUUCAUCAGAUAGUCAGAAUUUGAAUAAGGCUAGAAAAAAGUGUUCCAACGUAAGUUGGAGCAUAUGUAAUCUUUUGCUUGCCGUAAAUUGCUUUUAAUAAAAGUAAUAUGAUGUCAACAAGAUAUAUUUCUUUUAUAUCUGGAAUAAUAAUAGCUUCAUUAACAUGGGCCUCUAGUUUAUAUCUUUAUUCAAGAUUAUCUCAAAAUACUAAUACUGCAAAUCCAACAAUGUUAGUAUUAGAGAAUUCAAAGUUAGGAAAAGACUCCCAAUUUUAUCAUAAAACUUAUAGUAAUCAACAUCUUAAAUUCCACAAUAAUUUAAUUGCGCAUCAUGACAAACAAAGUAUGAUAGAUAAAGGUACUUAUAAUUUAAGGAGAAAUGCCUUUAAAAAUAGUGACAAACUAUUACAACAAUUACAACCUGUACCAGUAAAACCUGCUGUUACAUUAGGACAAGGUUUAGAUGAACUAGGAAUGGUAAAAAAUUUUGAAGAUCAACGAAAACGAGAUGAAGGAUAUAAAAAUUAUUCCUUUAAUAUAUUAGUAUCAGAUAACAUUGGGUUGCAUAGAGAAUUACCAGAUACGAGGCAUAAAUUAUGUGAAAUACAAAAGUAUUCUUCUAAGUUACCAAAUGCUAGUAUUGUUAUAUGUUUUUAUAAUGAACAUUAUAUGACACUUUUAAGAUCCUUGCAUUCCAUUAUUGAUAGAACUCCUGCAAGUCUUCUACAUGAAAUUAUCUUAGUAAAUGAUUGGAGUGAUAGCAAAGCGUUACAUGAAAAGAUUGAGACAUACAUUGCCAACAAUUUUAAUGGUAAAGUGAAAUUUUUUAAAACAGAGAAACGAGAAGGAUUGAUCAGAGCAAGAAUGUUUGGUGCAAGAAAAGCAACUGGAGAAAUUUUAAUUUUCUUAGACAGUCAUAUAGAAGUAAACAAAAGAUGGAUAGAACCCCUCCUCUCACAAAUUGCUCAUUCAAAAACUAUCAUUGCCAUGCCAGUUAUUGAUAUAAUUAAUCCAGACACAUUUCAAUAUACUGGUAGUCCUCUGGUAAGAGGAGGUUUUAAUUGGGGUUUGCAUUUUAAAUGGGAUAAUGUGCCAGUUGGUACAUUUGCUCAUGAUGAAGAUUUUAUAAAACCUAUAAAGUCUCCAACAAUGGCUGGAGGUUUAUUUGCAAUGGACAGAAAAUACUUUACAAAAUUGGGAGAAUAUGAUGCUGGUAUGGAUAUCUGGGGCGGUGAAAAUCUUGAAAUAUCAUUUAGAGUUUGGAUGUGUGGUGGAAGUAUUGAAUUAAUACCAUGCUCAAGAGUUGGACAUGUAUUUAGGAGAAGGAGACCAUAUGGUACAUUUGAUCAACAUGAUACUAUGUUGAAAAAUUCAUUACGCGUCGCACAUGUUUGGUUAGAUGAAUAUAAAGAUUACUUUUUAAAAAAUGUUCAAAAAGUCGAUUACGGUGAUAUUUCGGAAAGAUUAAAUUUAAGGAAGAGAUUAAAAUGUAAAAAUUUUGCAUGGUAUUUAAAUGUAGUAUACCCUGAACUAGCAUUACCAGAUGAUAAUAAAAAUAGAUUAAAAGAUAAAUGGGCAAAAAUCGAACAGAAACCGAUACAACCCUGGCAUUCUAGAAAAAGAAAUUACACUGAUCAAUAUCAAAUUAGACUUUCUAAUUCAGCAUUAUGCAUUCAAAGUGAGAAAGAUAUUAAAACAAAAGGUUCUAAGCUUAUAUUAGCACCAUGUUUAAGAAUUAAAUCACAGAUGUGGUAUGAGACUAGUAAAAACGAAUUAGUACUUGGCCAGAUGCUUUGCAUGGAAGGAGCUGAGAAAGUUCCAAAGCUUGGAAAAUGUCAUGAGAUGGGUGGUAAUCAAGAAUGGCAUCAUAAAAAUACUAAUAAUACACCUAUAUAUAACAUGGCAGCUGGCACGUGCUUGGGAAUAAUGCGUGGAGUAAAAAGUACACAAAUAGUAAUGGAUUUGUGCACUAAAAAAGAUACAAGCUCUAUAUCAUGGGAUUUGGUACACUCUAAAAUUCUUUUAAAAGAAGUUAGGUGACAUCAAAUGGAGUAAUGGUAGUUACAGAAAUAAAAGAUAAAAAAUAGAUUUUUAGAGAAAAAAGGUAAUAAGAGGAAAAUUAUCAUAAUUAUCAUAAAUUUUAACAAGCGUUUGUGAUAUGGAAUAGAUUAUUAUGAAAGUUUUAGGAUUUUUAUAUUGUUUUAUACGUUGCAUUCUAUAAUGUUAUUUUACAUUAUGAAGAUGAAAUAAUUAUUAUUAUUAUUAAAAAUGUAUAAAAGUAAAAAUUGAAUUUUUUAAAGAAUUUUAAAUACAAUUUUAACCAAUUUUUAAUAUUAUGGAACGGUUACAAUAGCUGAUAUUUUAUUAAUAGAAAUGAAUUUCUCUGAAAGUAGAAACAUAUAAAACAUAUACAUAUUUAAUCAUAUGUGUAGAUAUGUACAUAUAUAUAUAGGGUGGUUGGUAACUGGUGGUACAAGCGGAAAGGGGGUGAUUCUACGCGAAAAAAGAAGUCGAAAAUAUAGAAUAAAAAUUUUUUUUUUAAUUUUUCCAUCGAGACAACGAUCUACAGUGAGAUCCGUUUUAACGAGACGUGAUAAAGUGCACGCGUACCGAGCGAAAAUUCAAAGUCGAUUUUCUCGAAAACAAAACCUCAAACGAAAAAUUUUUAUUCUAUAUUUUCGACUUCUUUUUUCGCGUAGAAUCACCCUCUUUCCGCUUGUACCACCAGUUACCAACUACCCUGUAUAUUUGUACAUACAUUGUAACAUUCAAGUCAAUGUAAGUCAAUGCAGUUAAAUGCAGAUGUCAAGCUCAACGCGUCGUGUGUUAUGCGGUAUCGGAACCAUAAAUAAUGUUUCAUCAAGGUUUAAGCUGGAGAUCUACUGGCAAGUACGCUAAUCAAAGAACAUUUGCUUCAGUCUAUUUAUAUGAAGCCGUUUCCAUUAGUAAACUAAACUGGCCCAGCCACUUGAAAAAUCGAUUCUGUACACGUAUAUGGAACCAUUUCUACUUAAGCUAAGUUCAAGUGCCUUGAAGGCCCAUUUAACUUGGGCUAGCAUGAGAUUGCCUCGUGACCUUACAAAAGCUUAUCAAGGGGCCUUCUCCUCAAUCAUUUUAUAUGAUGAUUUUAAAGAGUUUAAUCUAUUGUUCCGAUGAAAUUUCGGAAAAGUCACGUACCGAAAUCCGUUAUCUUCAGGACAAAAUGUAUGUGGUGCAUAACAAAACAAUAUACAAAUUUUCUGAUGACCCACA